UAGUGUUUUCUUUUAUUUCUGUCACUCUUUUCAGUUUUAUUUGUUUGUGUGUUUGUUUGCAAGAGUGGUAAAAUGAAAUGCGCUUGAUAAACCUUGCUCAGAGGUGUCUUGUUUCUAGUGAGACCUUUUAUAAAAAGAAUAUCUUGUAUUUGAAAGCAUUUCUUCAGUUUCUUUCUUCUAAGAAUUGUAUUUGUUUAUCGCAAAAAAAGCUAUAGACAUUUCAUAAAAUUUCAAGCUUGUGAAACUAAGCAUAAAAACUUGAUGGGCUUAUAACUUUGGAGCCCAUAAUGUAAUUACAAGUAGCUGACAUGUCAAGGUUUGCUACUACAGGCUACCUGCCAUGCUUUGGCAUCAACAUACUAAUAAAUAGAUCUUUUGAACAACAAAGAAAUAAGUAAUAAUAUUUCCUUUUGAUUAUAAUUCAAACCCAUUCUCAUCAUUGUACUUGUUUUAUUGAUCUCUUAAACUACAAUGCAUUAUAUCAAAAUUUAGAGAAAAUACAAGAUGGACAGGAAAAGAAUAAGUUGUGAUGUAUUGAAACUCAUCAAAGGAACUGGUGACUAAAUUUUUUUUUUUUUGCUAAAAAAAAAAUAUACUAAAAUUGUUUGAAGGUAUUUAGAAAUGCAAAUGUAAAAGAUGAUAGUUUAGCAAGAUCUGCUAGAUUAAGUCUUCAGAACUAUGUUGUAACUUCAGGACAAAACACGAUUGUAUAUGAAAAGUUGCGUCAUCAUCUUAAUGUAUGUUUAUCACCUCUGUUUGUAUCAGUUGAAUAGUUUUUGAGCUACUUGCAAACUUAUAGGUUGGAAUCCUUUUAUAUUGCCAUUAUUUUUUAUUAUGUAGAAAGGAUUUACCGACUGUUUUGAUAAACACACUCUAGCUUUUAAGAGUAGUGAAUAUAUCAUAUGCAUGGAAAUUAUUACAAGACAGUUCAUUACAGAUAUAAUUUUCUCCAAAUCUAAUCUAAAUUAAAACUUUAUUUUUUUAGAUUAUCUGACCGACCGAUGUUCAUACAUCUCAACUCACUUUUAUCUACAGACAAAUUGAGCGUGUUAUACUAGUAUGUAUGAAUCAGAUUGGACUAUUUCGAGUUAGGUAGCUUGGUUGACAUAUGUAUCCAAAUUGUCAGGAAAAUUUACUCGGGCGACUUUUUAAAUAAGACAUAGUUGUUAAAUUACUUUAAUUACUACAACACUAUACAUGUUUGAUUUUCCUUUUGUAAAAUAUCAUCGAAAUCAUUGGUGUUCAACCUCUCAACUCAGAUGUAAAAAAUGUCACAUAGAUAUUUGGCAGCAGCCUUGUAGAUCAAGUGUCAACCCGCACACACCAACGUUCAGUACAUGAUAGAGAACAGUUUAAUAAUAUAUAUGGUUGAUGCGGACAAACAUUCCACGCUAUACCGACACGUGAUGUGGAUUUCUUACCCUUAUCGAUUUGACAUGCUUCAAUAAGAAAAAUCUAGAAAAUCUAUUACAAUAUUGUAAUGUUUAGUGGAGUGACAAAGCCUCAAAGAAAUUGACCUAAACAGCGAUCACACAGGCACACACUAAGUCGUUCUUAGCAUUUCUUAAACACUUUUAGAUAUUGUGAUUAUUAUAUAAAUAUCACUCAUCAAGUCAACCCUAUAUUCAUUUCCAUGAUGAAAGAACCAUUAACCACCAAAGUAAGCAAUACAUGUAUACAUUAAAGUCUGAUUAUGAUUUUAACUGAAGUCGUAACUAUACUACAGCACGGAGUAGAUAUAGCAAAAUAUGUGGAUACGUUGAUGGCUAUAAAGAUAUAGUUUAACCUCAAGUAAAUCACACAAACUAAACAAAAAUUACUCUUACACAACAAUGUGCCUGGAAACAUGAUUUACUCUUUGUUUCACCCCCCAAAAGUUCGAUAAAACAAGUUGAAGUGUUAACUACAUGAUUUUGUUCAGUAGAAUUAACCCAUGUAAAUUACAUAAAACUAUUAUGCAAAUUUUUUUAUAACCAAGCUAACACAUUGAAGCGUUAUUAAUUUACCUCAGUUUAUUUUAAGCAAAAGUACAAGUAGCCCAAUAUCUAAUUAAGUGAUGUCAAGAUCAUGACAAAACAUAUAUAUUCAUGAAACUGAGAUGAAGAAAGCGACCACUUUAGAUAGAAACAUAUAUACAUCGGCGACUUAUUUGGCCGCCACCCAAAUAACGCGAUUUUACAACCAGUGAAGCAAUUAAAAUAUGUCUUUACAGCUUUGACUUCAUCACCUCCGAGCUGUUAUCAAUCCCUCCCAAACCCUAGUCUCUUCAUCCCUAACUGGUUUGCACUUUCUUCACUCUCUUUUCUUCACUCCUCACUACUUCACUCUUCAACUAACUUAACUGCCCCCCACCUCCAUAAAAUGGCAUCAACCCCUUCCUAUCAUUCAUCAAACACACCACUCUUCAAUCUUCAAAACCCUAGUUCUCAUUGUCAAUAUGCCAGGAACCUCCAAAGAAAAUGGUGGCCGCCACCCUUUGUACAAGGGAGUGAGGCAACGUAGGAACUCAGACAAAUGGGUGUCUGAGAUCCGUGAGCCGAGAAAGCCUAACCGUAUCUGGUUAGGAACAUUCUCCACCCCGGAGAUGGCGGCAAUAGCCUAUGAUGUGGCAGCUCUAGCUCUCAAAGGAACUCAAACGGAGCUCAACUUUCCAAACUCAGCUUCAUCUCUCCCUGUCCCAGCUUCCAUGUCUCCAGGAGACAUCCAAGCCGCAGCCGCUUCCGCGGCCGCUGCUUUUGGUGCUGCUAGGGAUGCGAUUGUAAGGACCAAUAACACCAACGCUUCGAGCAGUGUGGAACGGAGUAACGUGAAUACAAAUGGAUACAUGGACGAGGAUUUGAUAUUCGACAUGCCUAAUGUGCUCAUGAAUAUGGCUGAAGGAAUGCUUCUCAGCCCUCCUCGUCAAUCUAUCUUUGAUGCUGCUUCCGACGCUGAUGGUUACACCGGAGGAGACGAUUACUUGUGGAAUUUUCCUUGAUAACAAAAUAAACUAAUCAUUACGAUAAAUAACUAUGUGAUUUUGUGUGUUUUUAUAUAUUAUAUAAUUAUAUAUAUAUAUGUAUGAAAUAAAGAGAUGGUGUCUAGUGAUGCAUUGCAUGCAUGGUUAGGCCCCGUUAAGACCGUAAGAAAAGGUCGUACUGUAUUAAAGUUUUUCUUUUUCCUUUAAACUAUUGUCUACAAUCUAGUUUGAUGUACUUGCAAAUGUAAUCACAGUCAAUGACUUGACUGAUACUCAGUUGCUUUAUUUUACCGAUGGACAAAGUUUUCAUAGGGGUUGGUAAUAAUAGGUGAUGUAACUAGUGUUUGUUAUUAGAUUAUAUCAUUAUAUAUAUCCCUUUUACUCUAUAGCUAAUUUCACAGCAGCAUGAAACAGUUUUGAACCGUGACCUAUACAAUUUCUAGAUUUUUUGUUUAUGAAAAAAAAAAAAAAAAAAAAACAGCCUUCACUCUUCAGUGCCAUGGAAUAAUUCUUGUUGUAACAUAUAUUGACCAGCUAUUGUCAUGAAAAUGACGAAGUUGCGUUGACUACAAAACCCAUCCUCUUUCUUAAAGCCAAUAGGAUGAUCGGGACGACUCUCUCCUUAUAGUCAAGUGGAAACCCCACCCCCCCCCCCCCCCCCACACACACACACACUUUUCCCUGAGAUGAAUCUCGAACCAUCAAAGCCUUUCUGACUAAACCUUAUAUCUCGUAUAAGAGGUAAUUUCAAUUUCGAUGUAGUUUUAGUUUCUGCUUAGAAAGUUUAAUGGAAAAUUUAUUAAUAAUUUUUACAUAAAGUGACUUAUUCUGAAAAAGUAACUCACAAUAUGCACUUUUUUCAUGUUCAUGUGUAUAUAUAACUCUAGCAACCGGGUACAGAAAAUAUUUGCAACAAUUCUUUUUUUGGUUUAAUUACCUGAGGAUGCAUAGCUAGUUAGAAGACUGAAAAAGGUGCUAAAUAGGUUUGGUGAGGAUAACGACACACAAGCUGAUUAUUAAUCUUAAUCUAAUCAUAACCUUGCUGAUUUUUUAUUCUAUGACUUAUAUUGUAUAAAAGUCUAUUUGAGACAGAGAUAUACUUAGCUUUAUUCUGAUCAGUUAUAUGGUCCAUUCAACAUUGAUAAAACAUUUUUGUAGUUUUUUAAAAGAAUUUAUUAGUUGACAAACCUAUAAGUUGGAAUUUAUAAACGCGGAAUGCAAACGAAGAAAAUUUGAUUUCAAAAAGUAAUCGAUAAUAUUUUUAAAAUAUUAGAAUUUCAUUUAUUUUUGCAUACUAGUAUAAUCCUUUUCUCAAAGUUUAGAGAAGCUAAAGUUAACUACACAAUCCAUCCGAAUUUGUAGAUAAAAGAGUCAAAACAACAUACGCUAUGUUUCCAGACAAAUAGCUUAUAUAACUUAACACUUGACACAAUUAGAACACUUUGAUUUGUGUGGAAGAAAUUGAUGAUAGGAUAUAGUUUUUUUGGAGAAAUUCACUUGAAAAUCCUCCAGGCUUGUUCUCAACCGUAAACACAAACACUUGGCAAUUACUUCAUCCUUAUCCUUUUCAGGUUCCUUGGUUGAAAUCAGUUUGGUUCAGCAAUCCAAAAUAUGUGUUCCUACAUUGGUUUGGAAUCCUUUUGUAACACAUUUCAUUAUAUCUCCUCCUUUGGAAUUUUAGAAUAUUGUGGGUUGGGUUCGCUCUCCCAUUCCAUGUAAAAAAACUCAAUUGACUUGACUAUGCAAGCUAAUCCUCCUAGCAGUGAUUUAUUACUUAUGGAAAUAAAUAAAUUCAAGACUCCUCGCGUCAACACCAUUGAGUCAUUGACAACCAAGUGAGAGAAGGAUUGCCUCAGCAAAAGGAACAAGCCGGGAAUGUACCUACGAAAGUGCUCUCCAAGUUUGGUUUGACUCACGAUGAAGACCACAAGAUCAUCUAUAGUAUUUCAAUCCAAGCAAUUUAUAUUCUCUGAAAACUCUUGGUAGCAAAUUCUCACUCUUUUUACAAAAUGAUUUUUGGAUUUGAAUAAAUUAACAUUUUUUUUUAAAAUCCAAGACUCGAUAAUCCAUCUCCAAACCGGCAACUCGUUAAGUGAAGGAGAUUCAAUUAAUCCCAAGGGCUAAACUUCUAGGUCUGGAUAGAGAAACUCUAUCUAGCAUAGACAUCAAUAAUUUCUUCACACAUGGAAGGGAAAUCAGCUAACCAUCUUUUCACAUGAUUCAUUCACUGCUUCACGGAUGGUGGUUCUUAUUAGGCAUGUAUUGAUUUUCAUUUUUUUUAUUUUUCAUUUUUUAGUUUAGUCUGUUAUCUGAAAUGUUUUUUACUAAUGAAUCAAUAUUCAAAAUCAUUGUACUUUGGAUUCCUUUUUUAUCAAAGCUUCUACUUUCUAAAUUCUCUGACUGUUCUUGGUUUGUAAUUCCGUAUGAUGUAUCUCUUUUUUGUUGAGAAAAAAAAUUGAUGCAUACAAAUCAUCAAUAUGUGCUUUUUGAAACUAUAACAACCACGUAGCCCCAAGAUUCGUGAACCCUUACAGGCCCAUAUAUAGGCUUGAAGAUAAAAGAAAAUUUGCAUACACUUUAAGAGCUCGACAAGAGAAAUGAAGAGCUAUUCACAGGUAAAGGUCUUAUUCAUUAGAAAUUAAUGAAUGAAUUCAAUUUUCUUUUUUAAGGGUCUUCAUUUCUUUUAUUUCUUCUCUUCAUCAGCUUCUCCUCCCACCAAGAUGUUAACCGUACGUACUUUGAACCUCUCAAGCUUUUCAAUGGCCUCCUCAAGUAGACUGCCCCCUCGAGCGCGUGUCGUGUGAAUAUUAACGCCACUGUGAAGCUUAGAUUUAAUAUGUUGAAUCAUCCCUUGAUCCUCUUUACGAUCUAAUAUGUUGUCUAGUCUUCUAGAUUUAGAGACCAAUGUUUUCUCACUCAUUACUGCGUUUGUGUAAAUCGAGAAUGAUUCACAAAAUAACGAUCUUGAAAGCAAAAGAAGGGAAAUAUUAAAAUUUGUGUGUUUGUUUGGUAAUCAAUGUGUAAAAUGUAUGUUGGAUUGUUGGUUUAUGUGGUUAUAUAUAUGCAGCUGGGGGCUUAGGGCUUAAGGCAAGCUUUAGAAAACAAAAGGAAAGGAAUAAUAAAACGACGACCGAGUCUUCUUCGAGCGACUUGGCCAAAAA